UCCACAACAUGAUAGAAUGACAAAGACAGUAUUGCUCUGUUUCAACCAAAUCAUUGAAACAACCUUCUUCUUUUUCUUCAUCUUCUUCUAAGAUCCAACAAUGGCGAGAAAAGCCGUAUUGAUCGGAAUCAACUACCCAGGAACAAAAGCAGAGCUACGAGGAUGCGUAAACGACGUAUGGAGGAUGCACAAAUGCUUGAUCGAACGUUACGGUUUUUCGGAAGAUGACAUCACUAUUUUGAUCGACACGGAUUCGUCGUACACGGAGCCGACAGGAAAGAACAUAAGACGUGUUCUGUCGGAGCUGGUGAGAUCGUCGGAGGAUGGUGAUGUUCUGUUUGUUCAUUAUAGUGGACAUGGUACUCGUCUUCCUGCUGAAACUGGAGAGGAUGAUGAUACUGGUUUUGAUGAAUGUAUUGUUCCUUCUGAUAUGAAUCUCAUCACUGAUGAUGAUUUCAAGGAAUUUGUGGAUGGGGUUCCUAGAGGAUGUAGGCUGACCAUUGUAUCUGAUUCAUGCCAUAGUGGUGGUUUGAUUGAAGAAGCUAAGGAGCAGAUAGGAGAGAGCACAAAGGGAGAAGAGGAACAUUCUGGAUCCGGCUUUGGAUUGUCAGGCUUUCUGCAUAGGAAAGUUGAGGAUGCCAUUGAGUCCAGGGGAUUUCAUGUCCCUUCAGGAUUGCGCAGUCAUACUCGCAGGGAUGAAGAAACAAAUGAAGAUAGGGAUAUUGAACUCCCCCAUGGAGUGAAGAAUAGGUCUCUGCCACUUUCAACCCUCAUUGAUAUACUUAAGCAGAAAACUGGGAAAGAAGAUAUAGAUGUUGGUCAACUGAGGCCUACACUUUUUGAUGUUUUUGGGGAAGAUGCUAGUCCUAAAGUGAAGAAGUUUAUGAAGGUCAUCUUGAACAAGCUCCAACAUGGAGGUGGUGAAGGUGGACAAGGUGGGAUACUCGGAAUGGUGGGUAGUCUUGCCCAAGAAUUUCUUAAGCAAAAGCUGAAUGAUAAUGAUGAGGGAUAUGCAAAGCCUGCCAUGGAGACAGAAGUGGGAAGUAAGCAUGAAGUAUAUGCUGGAUCGUCAAAGCGUGGUCUUCCAAGCGGUGGGAUUCUGAUGAGCGGCUGUCAGACAGACCAGACUUCAGCAGAUGCUUGUCCUUCCGGAAAUGCAGCUAAUGCAUAUGGAGCUUUCAGCAAUGCAAUCCAGGCUAUAAUUGAGGAGACUGAUGGUGCAAUUACAUACUCAGAACUUAUUCUCAAGGCUAGAGAGAAGCUACAGAAAGAUGGUUUCACUCAAAAGCCAGGACUCUAUUGCAGCGAUCACCAUGUUGAUGAUCCUUUCCUGUGCUGAUAUGUUUUCAUCUCAUGCAGACAGAAUAAUGUGUGUUUCUAUUUUGCUGCUGCAAAAUUUGCAUUGCUUUUAUAUUAUUAUUUUUUUUAACAAACUUGGCGAAGGUGAUGCAGUUGAACAAUUUCCAUUGGUGUGUUUCUCCAUGGUACAGUCGUAUGUUAAUGUGUGUUUGGACAAUGAAUUUUGCUCCAAAUGAAUAUUUAUUUUUAUUAUAAAAAAAUGAGAAUAUUUUCUUCCACUAUCA